AUGUUUGUAUAUCAUGUGAAUAAGAACACAAUUAUACUAAUUCUGUUAUGCACAUUCCUGUGUCACGUGAAGACUGAAAAUGUGAAGUAUGCAAACUGCCACGGAAUAAGCAGUGUAGGACGUUUUAAUUAUGGGUAUGCGAAAAGAACGAGACAGCUGGACGGGGGGCACUGGAAAGAUAAUUUCAAGAUAGGGGGAAAAAAUAAAAGAUGUAGACUACUAGACAUCCCCACGGGAAAUACACCACAAUUGGUAAACCCCCUCUUCUUAAAUAGUUGCUACAAGCCCAUUGGUUGUAAUCCCCUUUACAAGAAGAGGAAGAACUUUUCCCUUUUUAAAAAGAAAAAAGAUAAAGGUGGAGCAGAAAAUGUUAAGAAGAAAGAAAAGAAGGUAUUCACAGAAGAAGAAAUAGAAGAACUUCGUCGAAGAGCCAAGGAAAAACAACAACCCAAAAAAGGGGACGAUGAUGAGAUUUCUGGUACUAAGACAAAAAAGGGGGCAAAAAGGAAAAAAAAAGCAGAACAAGUUAAGGGUGAUAAAAAAAAAAGCAAAGAAGAAUUACAAAAAUUGGAUGAUACAAAGGGAGCAGAUACCGCAGAGGAAAAUCUGAGCGAUUACAUAAAAAGCAAAGAAGAUUUUGACAAAAUAGUAGACCUAACAAAAGAUUUAAUAAACGAAAAAGAGGUUCAAUAUAUACACAAAAUAAGUGACUGUGAUGAGGAGUUAUUAACAUAUGAUAAGAGAGAAAAACAUAUUCAGCUGAAUUUUGAAGACACCCUAUUCGACGAGGGGAACUACAUGCACAAUUACGUCAACAACAUUAGCAAGUUCCGCUUUGACAUUUACAACCUUCAUAACAAGAAUGAAUUCGACAGAAUCACCAAAUAUUUGAACUAUCAGUAUAUAGAGGAAGUGCCCGUGGAGAUGCCAACGGAGCGCAGCUACAACAUUGGACUGAAAAAAUAUUUUUACGAGGUUGUAUGCGAAUUGGUGGGGAAGUACCGGGACAAGUUUGAGAAUGAGCUGUACGUUGGUGAGGAGGAGCAAUCGUUGGGACAACAACCGGUGGAAGACCAAUCAGGGGGUGACCAACCAAACGCAGAGGAAAUGCCCAACUCUCGCUUGUCCAUGCAGAAGGGCAAACUGAACGAGCACGGUGAUGAUACGGGGGGCGAAGAAGACAAUCAAACCUUGAACAAUUUCCUGAAGGAAAACAAAAAGGAAGAAACCAAAACGACAACUAUGGAUAAGAUAGAAAACAUGGCCAACAUAAUUCAGCCAACUCAUGAAGACAUUAUGAACAAAUAUAUGUCUCACGAUUUAUAUAAUUUGCUAUGCGACAUUAAGGAGGAAUAUGACUACAUGUUUGAAAAUGGAGGCUUGGAGAAAUUCUCCUUUGACGAAAGCAGAAAAACACAUAAAGAGAAGCUAAUAUUUUCCGGCAAAAAAAAAAGAGCAGUAGCGAUGGUUUUUCUCCAAAGGGGAAACAACAAUUUGAUAAUAAAUAACAGGGAUGGAUAUCAGUACCUGCAAUACCAAAUUUUUAACAUAAAUAAAAUAUUCAGCCCUUUAUUGCAUUUGUGCAUGCACAGACAUUUCAACGUCGUGGCCAGGGUCGUUGGAGGGGGGUUGUCGGGCCAGAGUGUGGCCAUCUUCCACGCCCUCGUCAAAUACAUCGUGUACAAUUUGUCUCUAAAAAUAAAACCUUAUUUCCGCUCCUUCAAGUUUAUGACCGUGGACAGUAGAAAGGUGGAGAGGAAGAAGUAUGGACUGAAGAAGGCCAGGAAGAAGAAGCAGUACAGUAAGCGUUAA